AGGCGCGACCUCGUCGUAAAAAUAGGCGGAGCGAGCUUCCGCCAUUUCGUGGAGAAAGCGUAGGGUCGGUAGCUGCUUCCUGUCUGCUUCAGCCUUCCCCGAAGGAGCCGCCGUCGCCAUGCUCUCCGCCCGCGUGGCUGCCGCCCUCGCCCGCUCUCUGCCGCGGCAGGCCGGCCUGAUUUCCAUAAACACCCUAGGUGCAGCACUUGUUUCUACAAGAAACCUCCAUGCCUCCAAAAUGUGCUUUCAGAAAACGGGUUCUGCUGAGGUAUCCUCUAUUCUUGAGGAACAUAUUUUGGGAGCUGACACCUCUGCUGAACUUGAGGAGACUGGCCGCGUGCUCUCAAUUGGUGAUGGUAUUGCCCGUGUGUAUGGCCUAAGAAAUGUCCAAGCAGAAGAAAUGGUUGAAUUCUCUUCGGGACUGAAGGGUAUGUCAUUGAAUUUGGAGCCCGACAAUGUUGGUGUUGUCGUGUUUGGUAAUGACAGACUGAUCAAGGAGGGGGAUGUUGUGAAGAGGACUGGUGCCAUUGUGGAUGUUCCAGUUGGGGAAGAGUUGUUGGGCCGUGUCGUAGAUGCCUUGGGCAAUCCAAUUGAUGGGAAGGGUUCUAUUGCACCUAAGACACGUAGGAGAGUUGGCUUAAAGGCCCCUGGGAUCAUUCCCAGAAUCUCUGUGCGUGAACCUAUGCAGACUGGUAUUAAGGCUGUAGACAGCUUGGUGCCAAUUGGUCGUGGCCAGCGUGAGCUGAUAAUUGGUGACAGGCAGACCGGGAAAACUUCAAUUGCAAUUGAUACAAUAAUCAACCAAAAACGAUUUAAUGAUGGAACAGAUGAGAAGAAGAAGCUGUACUGUAUCUAUGUUGCAAUUGGCCAGAAGAGAUCUACUGUUGCUCAGCUGGUGAAGAGGCUCACUGAUGCAGAUGCCAUGAAAUAUACUAUUGUAGUGUCUGCCACAGCAUCCGAUGCAGCACCCCUUCAGUAUCUGGCUCCCUAUUCGGGCUGCUCCAUGGGGGAAUACUUCAGAGACAAUGGAAAACAUGCAUUAAUCAUCUAUGAUGACUUGUCCAAGCAGGCUGUUGCCUAUCGUCAGAUGUCUCUGCUGCUGCGUCGUCCACCUGGUCGUGAAGCCUACCCAGGUGAUGUGUUCUACCUGCACUCUCGCCUGCUGGAGAGAGCAGCCAAAAUGAAUGAUUCCUUUGGAGGUGGCUCUCUGACCGCCUUGCCUGUCAUUGAAACUCAGGCUGGUGAUGUGUCCGCUUACAUUCCAACCAAUGUCAUCUCCAUCACUGAUGGACAGAUUUUCUUGGAAACUGAGUUGUUUUACAAAGGUAUCCGUCCAGCCAUCAAUGUUGGUCUGUCUGUGUCCCGUGUAGGUUCUGCUGCUCAGACCAAGGCUAUGAAGCAGGUGGCAGGUACCAUGAAGCUGGAAUUGGCUCAGUAUCGUGAAGUAGCUGCCUUUGCCCAGUUUGGCUCUGAUCUGGAUGCUGCCACACAACAGCUGCUGAACCGCGGUGUACGUCUGACAGAGCUUCUCAAACAAGGACAGUAUGUUCCCAUGGCUAUUGAGGAACAGGUUGCAGUCAUCUAUGCUGGUGUAAGAGGUCACUUGGACAAGCUGGAGCCCAGCAAAAUCACUAAAUUUGAGAGCACUUUCCUAGCUCAUGUACUGAGCCAGCACCAGGCCCUCCUCUCCACAAUCAGGACUGAAGGGAAGAUCUCUGACCAGACAGAAGCUAAGUUGAAGGAAAUAGUCACAAGUUUCCUGGCUACUUUUGAGGCAUAAACUUACUGUUCAUACCAGGCUCUUGUGCUCCAGUGUUCCAGCUCCAUCAAAGAUUUAAAAGUAUGUGUGACUUGAAUGUACAGAUGUCAAUGAGAAUAAAAGUUCCCAUGUAAAAAGGCUUGUAUAAUUCUGAUUGCCUUCUGGUUGGCUGCUUGCACCUUUAAAACCACAGAGGACUCCCAGUGGCACACACUUACUUAAAGGAACUCUGAAAAAUCAGGGACAUCUUAACUCCUCAGGUGGAUCAAACUCCCCUUACGUGAACAAGGAGGGGUAGUAGUUGGGUUCUGUGGCUAUGACUGCAGUUCCCAUCAUGACAAAGCUGAGGGUUGCUCUUCCAGUGUUCAUACUUUUUGCCAGGCAGCUGAUCUCUGAGAAAGGCAUGCAGCUGGGGAAGUGGUUUAGGCUUUCUUGUCAUGGGUGGUAACUAGUUGGACCUCACAGGAAUCUCUAACAGCCUGAUACUGUGACAGAAUAUUUCUUAGAAUUGCUGUCUAACCCAUCCUGGUGCCUGGCUUUUGGAAGAUGGGUUCUCUUGGAACUGAGGUCCUUGUGUCUCAGGGCAACUGCACAUUUAGCUGCUAAAGUAGUAACUGCUAGAGGAUUUAAAGGCUACCAUCAUCUGUAGUUUACUCUAGUUCUGUCAGUAAGUGUUUAGUGAGUUGGAGGGAGGGAGGUUAUAUACCAGAGUAUUGCUUUUAUUUCCCAACUUCUGCAUGCCAUGCGUUUGAACUUUCCCACAUCCUAGAUAGAUCUAAGUUGCUCUGCUUUGUGUGGUGUAUUCAACUUCACCUGGUACACUGGAGCUCAGUCCUUAAUCCUUGGUGAGUUUUUAUACCGCAGUUAGCUGUGAUCAGGACUGUUCUUGAGGUUGUUCACUCUGUCCCCAGUUAACUUCCUUCACAGGAGCAUCCUGCCACCCCGUUCAAACCUGCUGUGUUACAAGCAGUUGGAAGCAUUCUCACACAGUUCCAGGCUAACAAACUUCUCUGUUAAUGGCCUGAGUGCUUUGAGAGUGUGAGCUCUGCAGUACAGAAAAAAAAAACACUUUUAGUCCAGGAGUCUCAGACAUCUUUCGGGGAAGAGUUAGCAUGUUAGAGUAGGGAGGCCUGGGAAGGUCAUCUGUUCCUUCAUACUGUUAAAAACAAGACAGGAAACUGGAAUUUGAGGCAAUUUUUUUCAAAUAAUUCUGUAAUAGUUGAAGUCUUCCAGGGUGUAGAUCCUUUGGUCUUUCACCCUCUCGUUUCUUCUAAGCACAGCUCCAGAAGAGGUGAUUGGGGGGAUGCUUCACAGGUAUGAAGGAAUACGGUCAUGGAGCAUUUUUGCUCUGGCUGCCCAACAUCACUUGUCCCUUCCAGGAGAGCUUUUACAGCUUGUGACUUUGUUCUUGCACAGUAACUAAACUUCAGUUACUACUUGGUGUUGCUGUGCCAUGUUUACUUACAUGCUGUUGUAGUUAAAAAGUGUGAAGUUCAGCUGUGUCUAUGCGGUUUUGGACUAAGAGAUGUAUUUCUAGUAACAUAAGAGAUUAAAUAUUCUUAAGUUCUGAUUUCUGCCUUGCUGCUGUGAUGUAGGAAGGUGAUAAAUUCCUCAUUAAAGCACCAUGUGGUAAAUGCAUCCAGUCUGGUCAGAGUGAAGGUCAGUGGGACUGGUUUUGGAGGAUGGGUCACGGGUCCUGAACAGUGCCAUGGGCUCCCUUGGCUGUGGGGGGUGGGGUUAGAAAGCUAAGAAAUACUGAGUGGAAUCACAGAAUAGUUUGGGUUGAAAGGGCCCUAAAAGACCCAUUUAAGUUCCAAGACACCUUCCACUAGACCAGGUUCCUCUAUCCAACCUGGCCUUGAAGACUUUGAGGGAUAUAGGGCAUCUACAGCUUCUCUGAGUAACCUGUGCCAGUGCCUCACCACCCUCACAGUCAAGAAUUUCUUCCUAAUACCAAAUCUAAACCUGUCCUCUGUCAUUAUGAAGCCACUCACCCUUGUCCUGUCACUCCAUGCCCCUGUAAAAAAUCUUUCUCUGACUGUUGUAGCCCCUUUAGGCCAUUGAUGCCUCAGAGAUUUUUGGAUUUUUUAACUUUUGUAGAUUUUAGAAGUAGUCGUGUAGUAAAUGUAGAUUUUAAUGUAGCUGUAUUAUAUCCCUUACCCUUAACGUAGCAGUUUAGACUUACCCAACCCUAUUACCCCAUUUCAUAUCAAUCCCUCUAAAUUCCGUUAGUGUGUUUAGUUUUCCUUUCAAGGUAGAAUUGUAGAAAAACACCUCUGUUUAAGAACAUCGCACCCUAGGCCUGGACCAGAAGAUAUCAUGCAGACACAGCAACCUUCAAGCCCAGAACUUUGGAGGAGCUCCAAGGACUGUACGUGCUGUGAAGAAGAUGAAGAUGAGGAAGAAGGGGUCCCAAAGACCCCAAAUCCAAUUCCUGAGGAGGCAUACUGGAGCAGAACUGGGCAGAACUGGGGGUGGAUAGAUCUGGGAUUGGAUGGACCUUAUUAUAAAAUCAUAGAACCACUGUCUGGGUACUUGCGCGUCGUGUGUAUUCCCCUGGGCCUGAGGCCUGAUUAAAGGACCCACUCUUUAUCUUAUACACUAAAUUGGCCUGGAGUCGUCUUCUCUGCAAUCUUUUUAGGCAACACCAUGAGGGUUUGUGCCCUCUUGGAAAUGGGCACAGGGUUAGUCUGGCUAAAUCAGCCUCAGGUAAAAAUUAAGCAGAUUUGUUUCUGUAAGUGGAAAAUGCUUGGUUUUAUGUUACUGUUUUAGCUGUCUAUUAGGGAGGGAUUUGAGCAUACUGAAAUCUUGAAACCAUGACACCAUUGCAAGCUCAACAAAACUGAUAUUUAUUACCAAGAGGUGGCCAACAAAACGAACAAACCCAAAAGGGAGGAAGGAGGAGAGAAAUAAGCCCCCAGCACGACCUCCCCAGUUACCCAGCUGUUGCCCAUAAAGUUAUCUUACCAACCUAACAUGCCUAUAAUUACCAAUAGCAGAAGCUGCAUCCUUGGAGAGUCAGUAAGUUCACAAACUGGCAGGUGUCCCCGCCAAAGGCAGCGUUGUCUUUGAGGUGAAGCUAGCUCCCUUCCAAGAAAGCGCCAUUUGCUUUUAUAUAAUUAACUGAGUGACCUCAACCUAGGCAGGAGUGGUCAUCACCACCCAGCCAGAGGCCCUCCAUCCCACCCCCUCGGUUAUAUAAGUGCCUCUCUUCUGCGCAUGCGUGGCUUUCCCUGAGCCUGCAUACUGCACUUGGGGGGUCUUUUCCAAAUGAGUUGGGGUACUACUUAAUCCUCUCUUCUUCAGUCUCUCCUUCAAGCGACCUUGGAGGUGAUUAGCCAAUCACAGAACUGUCGCCGGAACAGAGAGAUUUCUCUGAACAAUUUUUCCUGCACUCUGUAGGCCUUGCUUGCCAUGGAAGUGACAAGCGUAUAUUGUUUAUACUUAUAGGCUGUGUGAAAAUAUGUGAUGUUUAUACUUGUUAGCUGUGUGUCUAAUUAUAAGGUUUGAGAACAUAAUAUGUUUAUAGUAAGAAAACCUUGAGAAACUAGAGGUAAAAGUACACCUGCAGAUUUAGGAAAACCCCUAAAAGCAGAUUAAUUAGAAAGAGCUUUUUAUGCCAAGAAUGAUUUCAGGUCACAUGGACAGAGCCUCAGAUCCAAUAAACUGAGAGCAUGAGACGCGUGCACAAACUGAGCUAUCCAAUUAUCCAAUCACCUUGUUGUGAGCAUGUACCCUGAACAAACUAAACUGUAUAAAAGUUAACUGAUUUAAAUAAUAAAUUGGACAUUGCUUUGA